AUGGAUGCCGUUAUUGACCUUUCUGACGCUUCCAAAGCUUUGGACCUUGCUAAUAUUCGCUUUCAGCUAAUUCGUCUCGAAGAUACCAUCACCUUCCACCUAAUCGAGCGUGUCCAAUUCCCUCUCAACAAAACCAUCUAUAUCCCCGGCGGCGUCAAAAUCCCGAACUCAGACCUCAGUCUUAUGGACUACCUGCUGCGUGAGCAGGAACGUCUCCAGUCCCGUGUGCGCCGCUACCAGUCCCCAGAUGAAUACCCAUUUUUCCCAGAUGCCCUUGAAGAGCUCAUCAUCCAGCCCAUUGAUUACCCCAAGAUCCUCCAUGACAACGAUGUCAACGUCAACUCUGUAAUCAAGUCGCGAUACACGAACGAGAUCCUACCCAAGGCUUGUAAGAAAUUUAACCGCGAGGAUCGUGGCGAGGCGCAGGAGAAUUACGGCUCUGCAGCAACGUGCGAUGUCAAUUGUCUGCAGGCGUUGUCGAGACGGAUACACUUUGGCAAGUUUGUGGCUGAGUCAAAGUUCCGGGCAGAUCCUGAGAAGUUUGUCAAGUUGAUUAAGGCUGGCGAUAGGGAAGGGAUCCAUGAGGCUAUUACCAAUGUCGCGGUGGAGAAGAAAGUACUGGAACGACUCAGGCUGAAGGCAAGGGCGUACGGAACAGAUCCUUCUGGGCCUCUUACGCCUGACGACGAUAACCAGAAGAUUAAUGUUGAGGCGGUUGUGGCUAUGUAUAAGGACAACGUGAUUCCGAUGACGAAGAUUGUGGAGGUGGAAUAUCUAAUGCAGCGGCUGAAUGGCACCCAAUGGGAAUAA